AUGUCUCUUACGCAUAGCAACAAUACACCCGAGUCUUCAGCAGCGUUCAACACGAUGCAAUCCCCAAGAAGCACAGGGACAAUGCCAGAGUACGAAACAGACUCGCCCGAAAAGCUCAUGCAAGAUAAUACCAAGGCAGAACUCGGAACCAAGCAAGAAAUUGAUCCUCAUGGUUUGGAACACGUUCCGUGCCUGAUAGAGAUCGCCGAGGAUAUGCAUACCACCGUGUCGGUGGUCAACUUGUCUAUCGCUUUUGGCUCACUCUCUGUUGCCAUCACACCCUUGUGGUGGUCAUACCUGGCUGAGCUCUAUGGUCGUCGACUGGUAUACAUAUCGUCAUUCUUUUUCCUUGGGAUUUUCAACAUUCUGGCUGCUAUCAGCCCCAACAUCGGCAUGUUUAUCGCCAUGCGACUCCUUGGGAGUGCAUCCAGUGCGUCCCUUCAAGCCGUCAGUGCCGGUACCAUUUCAGACAUGUUCGAAACGCAAGAUCGCGGCAAGGCCAUGGGCGCGUUCAUGCUAGGUCCCAUGCUGGGGCCCAUGUUUGCCCCUAUUCUCGGCGGGGCGCUUACAAUGCGUUGGAGUUGGCGCAGCACACAGUGGUUCAUGGUCAUCUAUGGCUGGGUCGUGUUGGCUGUGAUGGUCCUUUUCAUGCCGGAGACAGCCACCAACCUCGAAGAGAACCGCCGCGAGCAGCGAAACGACGCGACCAGUCCCGGCAAGAAGGCCCUCUACUUCCUCCUGAAGCCCAUGGAAGCCGCCAAGCUCCUCCAAUACCCUCCCAUCCUGAUUACAGUCUAUUACACCAGCAUCGUCUUCGCUACGUACUAUCUCAUCUGUGUUUCCAUCGAAGACACCUUCGCCCUGCCACCAUACUCUUGGAGCUCUAUCAUUGUCGGUGUAGCUUAUAUUCCCGGGGGCCUGGGCCUACUCUUCGGUGCGAUCAUUGGAGGCCGCUGGCAGGAUUAUAUCAUGGCGCGGACCGCUCGAAAGGAGGGCCGAUACGACGAUAAGGGGGAGUUGGUUCUGCACCCGGUCGAUCGUCUGGGCGAGAACUGCCUCCUUGGGGGCAUUCUCUUCCCUGGGGCGCUCUUGUGGUGGGGAUGGGCCGCCGAUAAGCAUGAGUUCUGGCUGGUCCCGCUCCUCGGAAACUUCUUCUACGGGGUUGGCGGAAUGAUUCUCACCAACGUCACCAUGACAAUGCUGACGGAAUUUACACCGAAGAACUCCACCAUCGGCGUCGCGGUGAAUAACCUCAUGCGAAACAGUCUGUCAUGCGUGAGUGCGAUCAUUGCGCAGCCGUUAUUUGACGCGAUUGGGACGGGUUGGUCGUUCACGGCGGUUUGUUUAUUCUGUCUGCUCAGUGGCGUCCCGUUGAUCCUUCUGCGGAUCAAGCGGGAUGAAUGGAGUCGGCAUAUGAAGGCUACGCUAGGGGGUGAGUAG